UUCCUGCCGCAGUGUUAUUACGAAUUUCGCGGGGAAGCGUUCCAUUUGCGCCCAAUUUCUAUCUGCACUGAUAUUUUAUAUAUUAACAAAUAUAUUUCAAAUAAAUUAAUCAAAAUGCUUGUGUUCACUUUAGUGUUUUUCACAGCUUUCCUUUAUUACAUUUAUUUUCGGCGUAUCCGCAAGCCGCUGUAUGAAUUAAGUGACACGUUAUCGAAUAUUGGAAGUUUGCCGCUGAUUGGACACACGCAUUGGUUCAUUGGGGGACCAGAAAAAAUAUUGAAAAAUGUCGAAACGUUUUUGGAACGAGUGGACGACUCUGGAGGAAUUACGAAGCUUUGGAUUGGGCCCGCUCUCUACGUCGUUACGCUGAUCCCGGAGGACGUCCAGAAGAUUCUAGAGACGUGCCUACAGAAGGACAACACCUAUAAGUACCUGCAGACCUGGCUGGGCAACGGACUCUUUGUAGCACCGGUGGAUCUGUGGAAAGUGCACCGCCGUCUUCUACUACCAAUCUUCCACAACCGCAUUAUUGAGGAGUAUGUGGAUGUGUUUGCCGAACAAGCGGACGUGCUCGUCCAGCGGCUCGACGAACAGUGCGGCCAGAAGGACUUCGAUAUCUACCCCUACAUCACGUCUUGCAUGCUCGAUAUUGUGUUCGAGACGGCGAUGGGCGAGCGCAUGGACGUGCAGCACCACCCGGACACGCCGUACCUGCGCGCGCGCCACACCGUCAUGUCCAUCAUCAACCUGCGCCUCUUUAAGGCCUGGCUGCAACCCGACGCACUCUUCAACCUCACCAGCUACGCCAAGCUGCAGAAGGAGAGCAUCGAUAUGACGCACAAGUUCACUGACGAGGUCGUAAACAAGAAGAGAGAAUUAUUCGAGAAAAAUGGCCACAUAGCAAGUAAAGGAGGUCGUAAGGACUUGCUAGAGCUGCUGCUGGAAAGAAACAACAAGUUUACCAACACGGAGCUGAGAGAACACAUCGACUCCAUCACCAUCGCGGGCAACGACACCACGGCGCUCGUCAUCGCCUACGCUCUGAUGCUGCUAGGUUGCCAUCCUGAACAUCAGGAGAUGGUUUAUAAAGAACAGGAGACAAUAUUCGGAGAUUCUUCACGCUCCGCGACCAAAGAGGACAUGAACAAGAUGGAGUACCUGGAGCGGGUGAUCAAAGAAACCAUGCGGCUGUAUAUGGUGGUGCCCAUCAUCGGUAGGAAGACUGACAAGGAACUGAAGCUUUCAACCUGCACAAUCCCGCCCGGCGUGGGUCUGGCGGUGGUGCCAUUCGCUAUGCACCGAUCGCGGCACCUGUGGGGGCCCGAUGUGCACCAGUUCAACCCCGACCGCUUCCUGCCCGAGAAUAGUGCCAAGCGACACCCCUGCACCUUCAUACCAUUUAGCCACGGUACCAGGAAUUGUAUAGGUCGACACUUCGGCAUGUUGGCGAUGAAAAUGAUUUUAUCAACGGUCCUUAGAAAAUACAAGGUUUCCUCUGAUAUACACACUUGCGAUCGGCUGAAGAUAGAAAUACUCCUAUUUCCAGUUGGAGGACAUAUGAUAUCGAUACAAAAACGGGAAUAGAUUUCAGACCGUCAAAGCCUUGUCUUAAACAAUUUUAUCGUAUGAAAUUAAAACGUUUAUUUCUUUCUGUUUUACCACUUUUUUACACUGAAAUGGCAACUUAUUUUCUCUUUAUUCACCAGGUCAGCUUCAGAUAAAUUAUAGACGGGAAUUAUCUUUGGGCUAGCUUUACACUACUUACAUUUUUUCUGUCAAUUUUUAGGGGAGGUGUGGUAUUGUACGUGUACACUUACCACACAUCUAUCGACUUACUGACGGACGCCCACUCAUAAGGAUAAAUCAACGUCUGUAAAAACGCAAACAAAAACUAAAGCAUCACCAUAGAAUAAGGAAUAAUCGUCACAUAACAAAACACGAACCGAUACCUAGUUCAUGUAGGUGCCUACCUACCUACCUUCCUACUUUGGCAGUGGGGAUCGCGUGCGCUUAGCGACUUCUGUCAAGCAAGCCCCGUUUAAUUUUUCUGAGGUUAAAUUGGGUUGAAGCCAUUAUAGCACAUAGGUACAUACAGCACUAAAUACGGUUGAUUGUUAAGCAGGUUUGUUAAAAAUAAAGUAGGUAUUAUUAUAAGGUUUUGUUGGAUAACUUAUGAACUGAAUACUUAUAGGGUGUAAUGAUGAUUAAUUUAUUAGUGAACUAAUUUAUAUAAUUAAAUAUUGUUCAAUAUGUU